AGACGGAUAGAACCUUCGUCGGCGCACUGGCGGCGUUUCUGUGUUUUUAUGCAGACAAAAAAAAAAAAGUCUGAACUGUCAUUUAAGCCUGGUCGCAAGUUUCUAGUGCUUUGUUUACUUUGUCUUUUUAGCAAGUGAUCCGUUUCCCCCUGUCAGGACGCGGCAGCCCAUUUCCGUUUCCGCCUUCGUGUCGGUGGCGGAGAGCGGCCGCGGCGGGAGGGAGCGGACAGCGCCGGAAGGGAGCAGCGGUGCUGCGGCCGCGCCGGGACCGCCCCGCGGCCAUGGAGACGCUGUACCGCCUGCCCUUCGCCGUGCUCGAGUGCCCCAACAUCAAGCUGAAGCGGCCGAGCUGGGUACACAUGCCCUCGGCCAUGACCGUGUACGCGCUGGUGGUCGUGUCCUACUUCCUCAUCACCGGAGGAAUUAUCUAUGACGUGAUCGUGGAACCUCCGAGCGUGGGGUCGAUGACAGACGAACACGGGCAUCAGAGGCCGGUGGCUUUCUUGGCGUACAGAGUAAAUGGACAGUACAUUAUGGAAGGUCUCGCAUCAAGCUUCCUCUUCACAAUGGGUGGCCUAGGAUUCAUAAUUCUGGAUCGAUCCAAUGCACCAAAUAUCCCCAAGUUGAAUAGGUUUCUUUUGCUCUUUAUUGGAUUUGUUAGUGUGCUUUUGAGCUUCUUCAUGGCCAGAGUUUUCAUGAGGAUGAAAUUACCGGGCUACUUGAUGGGUUAGUACCUCUUGUGCUGUGUGAAAGUUCCAGCUGAAUUUCCUCCUCUUCAUGAAGUGAUUUAAGAAGAAACUGCAAGAAACAAGUUCCAUAGUCACCAUCAACAGCAAAGAGACCUGGCCAUGAGAAAGAACUAGGGAAAGAGUACUUUCUCUGCAAACAAACUGUCACUACCAGUGGCUGAUCUGUACUUUCCAAGCAGUGUUUUAUCAUUUCUGAUGUAGAGCUUUUGAAAAAGAGAAAGUUGUAUAGCUGAGUAUUUCUUUUAUAUUUCAUCUCAGUGUGAAAUAGAGAACCUACCUUUAGCUCUACCUGAAAUGAGUAUUUGCCAUUGACGGUUCUUUUUUUGCAGGUCUGUCUCCUCUUCCCUGUUUGGGACAAUUUUGUAUGUCAAUCAGAGAAGAAACACUCAAAAUAUUGAUUUUCAAGUUGUAAUCAGAAAAUUAGUAACUUUGGAUGCUUUACAGCCAGAAUACAAUGUGUCUGAAAUUAUUGUGAAGGCAUCUUUCACCUUGAUAUUAAUGCUCUAUGUGAGCAAAUCCAGACAUGCACUGGGAAGGGCAAACUGUAUGAAUGUGCAUUUUUUUAAAGAAAAAGUGUACAAAAGGAGCCAAAUAAAACUUAUUUUCUAAAAAAUUAUUUUAAAUUUGUGCAACUUGUAAAGCUUUUUCUUGUUUGCAUGGACUGUUCUACAUUCAGGUGUGAGGUGCCAUACCAUGACCAUGUAGUUUUAGCUUUGCUUUUCACUGUUGGAUAAUGAUUUUUUUUUUUUUAGUAUCAGGGACAAGAAACCUUUUUCCAUGAAUUUGUACUGUAUGCAAAUAACAUGCUGUUAUCAGUAGCCAAGAACACUUACUUCAGAAGCUGCUGCUUUUUUGUGUGAGGCAAAGUUCCAGUUUAAUUUGUCUUAAUUUUAAAAGAUUGAAUGUUGCUGAAAUGUUUCAUUCAAGUAAUCUGUUGCAUUUUUGGGGAAGGAAAGAUCACUCUCAAUCACCAUAAAUGUCUUUUUUUGCAAUCCA